AUGCCUACUCUCUCCCCGCAAGGUUCUGACAUCAUCUUCUAUCAUCCAGCACAAUCAUUUAGCCAAACCGAUUACGAGAACCGCCGAUCCAGUCUCUACAGUUGGCAACAAUUGGACAAGUCUCGUUUGCUGUAUUUCUGGGCCCUUGCCACUUGGUGCCAAAGUAAAUGCUGUUCAAAUCACAGUCGAUUCGAAAGCGUUCUACGUUUGCAAGAAUGGAAUCAGGGUUUCUGGCGGAAGAAGUAUGUUUAUAAGGCAACGUUAAAUUUAAACGUGAAGAGCACGAAUUUGAAGCGAGCAAGCGCUGCUACAAUUCCCAUCACGGACGAGGAAAACGAUUCCAGUUGCUCAGGUGUCGCGAGCAUUGGAACUCAACCACAGAACUUCAAUCUUGUGCUCGAGACUUGCGGAUCAGAUGUACUCGACUUUUACCCCUCACAAUCAUCAACAUACAAGACUGCAUCCUCCUCCCUCCUUGACAUUGAUUAUGGCUCAGGAUCGGCGCAAGGUACUAUCGCCCAAGAUAGCGUCACCUUCGAAAUGUUUCGGGAACUUCUCGCUGUUACUAACAUCACCUCUGGCUUGAUCGACGAUGGACUCUCAGGUAUCAUGGGUCUCAGCUUCGCCUCAAUUUCUGCUCUCCAGACUAGCCCUUUCUGGCAAUCCCUGUAUAACGGCAACGAUCUGUCAGAACCCUUGUUCUCUUUCUACCUCGAACGCCACGUCAACCAACCCACUCAGAUUAAUUCUGCCCGGAUAUGGUCAUUAUACAAGGCAAGACGAUCACCAUUGACCCACCUAGCGGUCUUGCUGCCAUCGACACGGGCGCUACCUUACUAG